UAUACACCGCAACAUCACCGUUUAUGCCACACCGAGUCAGAGGUGCCGCCGAUGAACAGUUCGCAAUGGAUGGACCGCUCUGUAUAUGGAUUCUAUUGGGUGCUCUAACGACGACCCACGCACAUGUGACCUUUACGAAUCUCAAGUGCGAUAUGGCGGAUAGAACAUUCGGGGAUGUCAUGUGCCGCAUCAAGGCAGUGAAUCGCACCCACAAGUAUAUAGAGCUCAGGGCUCAACUGUUCAAGGUGCCAGUGGAAAAUAUCACAGUCAACCUAAAGCUAAUGCGCUACAAUCAUGGCUACAAACUGUUCUUCAUUGACGUCAACUUCGAUGCCUGCAAGUUCCUGGCGAACCCCCGGAACCCCAUCGUCCGCUCCUUCUACAAUACCUUUAAGAAAAACUCGAACGCAAACCACACAUGUCCCUACAAUCACGAUGUGAUUGUCGACAAAUUGUAUACCGGGAAUCUGGAGGCGGAUUUCGCCAAAUAUGUUCCUUUGGUCAAUGGCGACUAUGCCUUCUUCACGGAGUGGUAUACGAACAAAAUACAUCGCGCCUUUUUGAAGGUAUAUUUCAGUUUAUCAGGUUCAAAAAAUGAUUGAUCAAUCAGCGCGCUCAAUCAGUCAUAAAAUAGUCGGCUAUUCUUUUUUUUUUUGCUACCAAGCCUCAUUAAAGCGUUUAAAA